AUGCUGCGACUCAUUAGUUCGAUAUUCGCCUCGCUGGCAGCAGUGCAAGCCAUUCUUUGUCCCUCGGGCUCACAAUGUGCUGCCAAAUGCGGCAACGUUCUGGCCGCCACCUCGCCGGAUGACCUGGUUUGCGAGCAAGCCGCAUUCUCCAACAACCCAACGGGACAGUUGUUUGCGGGAUGCGUCGACUGCCAGAGGUCGAGCGCAUACUUUAGAGGGAACGACAGUGACGUCCAGUCCAUGUUGUACAACAUUCGAUACGCCCUCUCGUAUUGCGUUUGGGGUUCUGUGCCGGUUAAGAACCCCCAAGUGGUUGACACCCCAUGCAUCACAUCAAAAGCAUGCGGUCCCUUUAGAGACGCCGUUCAGUUCAUGAACUUGUCCACGCAAUACGAUGCUUAUCAGUACUGUGACGUUUGGCCGACCAAUGACGCUCUCGACUUUCAAGGCUGCACCGAGUGUCUUCAAGCCGAGGGGAGACAAUACAUGGGCAAUUUCAUCAUUGCUCUUCAGGCAGCAUGUGUGCAGAAACCCGCAGCUGGGCUCUUUAUUGGACUCGGCGGUGAAUUGUUCUCUACAACUGCAGUUCAGAUCUCAACGCCAAGUCCAACGGCCAUGAUCAACCCUGCCUGGUUUGAUCAUGGUGCUAUUACGCUUGGAUGCAAGGUGGGCAUCGCUUUUGGAUGCUUGGUCGGUCUUCUUAUUCUUGUUGGCUGCGGCAUUGUCUGGAACGGUAAACGAAGACGCCGUGCUUAUUUGCGCACGCUCGAUGCGAAGUAUUCUCCUCCCAAGAGCUGGCCAACACCGGUUGCACGAGGCGAGAUGGGGGAAACACAAGGCCAACGACAACAAACGUUCCGCGGCUACGACGACACUCCGCUCAGUCAACAGCCUUUGCGUGGAUGGGAUGACACACCCGUGAGCCAACAACCCCCUCGAGGGGGCUGGGAAGAUUCUCCCGUGACGGCAACUUGCGAGAAACCUUUGCCAAGGUACUUCUCACCUUACUCGAGUCAAUACAACAGUCCGAUUGGUGCUCAAGAAGGCCAAGCCAUGCCGUGGGCACAAGCCGCACCGGUGCAGAACCAUCAUACUGGAGCCGCCGCCACACGUGGUGAGGCUUCCAGUGAUUACCAGGCGUCGGGAUCUGUCGAUAAAGGCAAGGCGAAGGAGGAGGCUUACGAAAUGCAUCACGUCGACACAAGCGAAAUUGCGACCUCGGGCAGUCACCCGCGUGCCAUGGGAAGAAAUGAAACGCCUGUGCUCAGCCACCCAGGUUACGGACGGCAAGGACAAACUGCUUCGGCACGGCAAACAACGACAGGCCAUGGGGCAAGUCAUGGAAACGCCACAUAG